GAGGGAUCCCCGGGGUCUGCGCCCUUCGCGUCCCUGUGCGCCUGGGACUUGGGGAAACUUUGCCGACGCCGGCUGGGAAAUGGAUUUAAUGCGAGGCGUCCUGCUCCGGCUCUUGCUCCUUGUUUCCACCCUGGGACCUGGUGCUCUGUCGCUCCGGACGGCUCUUCGCAAACAAGCCAAGGUGGGGCCGCCUCUCAACAUCAUCGUGGACACAUUGAACUGCACAGCCAUCCGAGUCCAGUGGAAAGUACCAAGGCAUGCUGGGAGCCCCAUCUCUGGGUACACUGUGUUUUACUCGGAGGCGGACGCUGCUACAUCUCUGCAGGAGCGGUCGCAUCAUGUGCCUCUCAUCCACGACACACUGAGCACCGAGGACGUCAUUGGAGAUUUGAAACCCGGCACUGAAUAUCGCGUGAGCGUAGCAGCGUACAGCCGGAUGGGCCAAGGGAGGCUUAGCUCGCCUCUGCACGUUGCCACCCUGCCUCAAGAUUCCUGCCUGCCUCCCGCGGCCCCCCAGCGACCACACGUCCUUGUGGUUUCUGAUUCUGAGGUGGCGCUCUCGUGGAAACCUGGAGAGAGUGAAGGCAGCUCCCCGAUCCAGUAUUACUCCGUCGAGUUCAUCAGCCGACCGAGACUCCAAAAUGCAAGCGAGGCCUGCACCAAUCGUGACAACCCAUUUCCUUUUGUCCAAGGCUCUCGUACCUUAGCUAGUGCCCAGGAGACAGGAAGUGGCCAGGCUGGACCCCACUAUAUCACCGACACGGGCAUCAGUGAUGAUGAAGACGGCUUUGAAGACGUCUUAGACCUGGAUAUUUCCUUUGAGGAGGUCAAGCCACUUCCUGCUACCAAAGGGGAGCAUCGGAACCCUGAGGUGGGAACCAAGAUGGCCUCCAGAUCUAAUCCAAAGACCUUUACAAGGCUUGCCGCCCCGACCUCGGCAUCGCUCCCCACGAUUCCCGUGGCUCCGCACACCACGCCCGUCGAGAGAAAGGGGAAGGGUGGUCUGGCGCUGAUGCCCAGGCUCUUUGACAUGCCUUGUGAUGAAGCCAUGUGCACGGCGGACAGCUUCUGUGUCAAUGACUACACCUGGGGGAGCUCACGAUGCCACUGCAACCUGGGCAAAGGGGGCGAGAGCUGCUCAGAAGAUAUUGCCAUCCAGUAUCCUCAGUUCUUUGGCCAUUCCUAUGUAACCUUUGAACCUCUGAAGAAUUCCUAUCAGGCAUUUCAAGUUACUCUUGAAUUUAGGGCGGAAGCGGAGGAUGGCCUGCUGCUCUACUGCGGCGAGAACGAGCAGGGGCGCGGGGACUUCAUGUCCCUGGCCAUCAUCCGGCGCACGCUCCAGUUCAGGUUUAAUUGUGGAACUGGGGUGGCCAUCCUCACCAGCGAGACCAAAAUCAAGCUGGGGGCCUGGCACACAGUCAUGCUCUACAGAGAUGGGCUGAACGGACUGCUACAGGUGAACAAUUGCACCCCGGUGACGGGCCAGUCCCAGUGUAACUUUGGAGGGGAGUGCAGCAGCGGCGUCUGCGAUGAAGCCUUGUGCAUCAACGGCGGCACCUGCACGGCAGUCAACGCGGACUCCUACAUUUGCCUCUGUCCCCUUGGCUUCAGGGGGCGACACUGUGAAGACGCUUUCACCCUGGCCGUUCCUCAAUUCAGAGCAUCCCUGAGAUCCUACGCAGCGACCCCCUGGCCCCUGGAGCCUCAGCACUACCUCUCCUUCAUGGAGUUUGAAAUCACAUUCCGGCCCGACUCGGGAGAAGGUGUCCUCCUCUACAGCUACGACAUGGGCAGCAAAGACUUCCUGUCCAUCAACAUGGCCGGGAGCCACGUGGAGUUCCGCUUUGACUGUGGCUCGGGAACUGGAGUGCUCAGGAGUGAAGGCCCCCUCGCCCUGGGCCACUGGCAUGAGCUGCGCGUCUCACGCACGGCCAAGAACGGCAUCUUGCAGGUGGAUGCGCAGAAGGUCGUGGAGGGAAUGGCCGCGGGCGGCUUCACCCAGAUUAAGUGCAACACAGACAUAUUCAUCGGUGGCGUGCCCAGUUACGACGACGUGAAGAAGAACUCGGGUGUCCUCCAGCCUUUCAGUGGGAGCAUCCAGAAGAUCAUCCUGAAUGACCGGACCAUUCACCUGAAGCAUGACUUCACAGCUGGGGUGAACGUGGAGAACGCCGUCCAUCCCUGCGUGGGGACCCCCUGCAUCCAUGGUGGCAGCUGCCGGCCUAGGAAGGAGGGCUAUGAGUGUGACUGCCCCCUGGGCUUCGAGGGGCUGCACUGCCAGAAAGGUGCCGUGAAAAUGCAUUUGGACUUACAGAGAUCCCUCGUCAAAAACUUGCUGAGGGAAAUCAACCUCUUUGCUAAGUGUCCCCCCACCCCGUUCCCUGCCAGUGGGCGGCUGCUCCUGCCCCUGGCUCCCCUUUCACCCAUGUGGUACCGGGUGGGCAAAGUCCAGAAUCAAGAGAGGCAGGUGUACCCCAGAAUGGACGGCUGCUAG